UAGGUUUCAUCAUUUAGAGUGAAUCAGCAUACCUGGCAAGGAUAGCAUUUUUUAUUUUUUUUUGGUAAAGAUGGUUCUGGGAAUAAGAUCAAAGAGUAGAAAACGUGUCUCAAUCCAAGUUCACUAUGUCAUCCAUAUUCAGGAGAUCAAGCCAUGGCCCCCUUCACAAUCACUGAGAUCUGCUCAAUCUCUACUACUGCAAUGGGAAAAUGGUGAUCAAAAUUCUGGGUCUCUGGCAUCCACUGCCAGCAGUGGAAGAAUCGAAUUUAAGGAAUCUUUCAGGCUUUCAGUACUUCUGUGGAGAGAUGCAUCCAAAAAAAGCAAACAAUCUGAAAGUUUCCAGAAAAACUGCUUAGACUUUAACUUGUAUGACAAGACAGUAAAGAAUCAACUAUUGGGAUCCGCCACAAUAAACCUUGCUGAUUUUGGAAUUAUUAAGGAAACUAAAGCCAUAAGCAUUUUGUUGAACUGCAAGAAAAGUUUCAGGAACUCGACACAACCAUUUCUUUAUGUUAAUAUUCAGCCACUUGAUAUAGAGUGUUCCAGCUCAUCACCAAACAGCAGCUUGUCCAAAGAAUUGUCACUAGACAAGGAAGAAAGUGAAUCUAUAUCUCAGUCAAUAAAAGAUGAUGAUAUUGAAAUAGCCUCUUUUACUGAUGAUGACAAUGAUGACAUCCCUUCAAAUACCUUCCAAACUAUCAGAUCCGCUUCAGAGACUACUGGAGGUUUGCCCCCUCUUAAGUGGAAAAACAGCAUCAAAAUCAGUGGAGGAGGAACAAAAGGAUCUAAUGGAGAAUUUGUUGUACCCUCAGAAAAUUCUGCAUCUACCUUACUUGGGGACACAGAGGGUGAAGCAUCCACACAGUUCAAUGACAUUGAAUCUCCCUCUUCAUCUAUGGUUUUGUGCUCAGAUGUGGAAAAUGCAGCAAAUGACAGGCCUUCUUUACCUAAAAUUUCCAAGGCAAGUGUCAAAGUUGCUGAUGCAAGUUCUGAAAAUCAAGAAAGCAUUCAACUAUCUUCAGCUUCACACACUUCAUCAAGUAUGAAACCAAACUUUGAAAGAUCUUCCCAAUCUCAAGUGAUUCGAGAGGAUAGCAUGACUCAAGAAGAUAUCACAAGAGAUCAGAUAUUUAAUAUAGAUGCUCUGGAGAAAGUUAGCAAUUUUUCUAGAGCUGGAGUUAUGGACAACAGAGAGAAAAUGGACAAGAGAAUAAAAGAACAAGAACAGUUUACUUUGAGGAAUGAACUUUUAGAAAAUGAGCUCAUUAAUAAUUUUUCUGAUAAUGAUUCUACUAACAGAGGAAAAUUGAAUAGUGCUACUAUUUUGUUCAAUGAGGAAUCACAUGAAUAUCCAACAAGUAUUUUAAUGAAUGAUAAAACAGAGGAUGUGACAAAUGUAAAGUUUCCUUUGCAAUCUGCUGAGAACUAUGAACUGUUCCUAAGCAGUCAAACCCAAAAUGAGGCAGAGGAAAUUAAUACUUUGAAUGAUGUUCAUGUUGAUCCUGCUUGUCAUGAAGAUGUUAAUGUGAAUGGAAGCUUUCUAAAUGAUAAAACUGAAUUAAAGGCUGAAGUUGAAAUGCUUCGAGAAGAGCUAAGGGAAGCUGCUGCUCUUGAAGUUUCUAUGUACUCAAUUAUUGCUGAACACGGUAGCUCAUCAAACAAGGUCCAUGCACCUGCUCGGCGCCUUUAUAGAUUCUAUUUCCAUGCUUGUAGAGUUGGCUCCCCUGCUACAAUAGCUAGUGCAGCCCAGAGUGCUGUCUCGGGAUUUGUUUUGGUUUCUAAAGCAUGUGGAAAUGAUGUUCCAAGGUUGACAUUCUGGUUCUCAAAUUUAAUACUGCUGAAAGCAAUUGUUAGCAAAGAAGUUGGAAAUAUAUGCCGUGGUGAUGGUCCAUGCAUCAAUAGUGAAUGUGAUGUAGCUGGUAACACUCUUCAUGAAGAAGAAAAAGACAAUACAGAAAAACUUUUUCAUAGCUGGGAGGAGCCAGAAACAUUUUUGUUUGCAUUGGAAAAGGUUGAAGCAUGGAUAUUCUCUCGAAUUGUUGAGUCUGUGUGGUGGCAGACUCUUACUCCAUAUAUGCAGUCUGCAGCUGCUAAGGGCUCCAAAUCAAGGAAAACCAGUGAAAGCAGAUAUCGUAUAGGUGAUCAAGAUCAGGGAAGCUUUUCUAUUGAUUUAUGGAAAAGAGCUUUCAGGGAUGCUUGUGAAAGGCUUUGCCCUCUUCGAGCUGGAGGGCUUGAGUGUGGCUGCUUACCAGUGAUAGCUAGAUUGGUCAUGGAGCAGUUGGUUAGUAGACUGGAUGUGGCAAUGUUCAAUGCUAUUCUUCGUGAAUCUGCUGAAGAGAUGCCCACAGAUCCUAUAUCUGACCCCAUCAGUGAUUCUAAGGUUCUUCCUAUUCCAGCUGGAAAAUCAGGCUUUGGGGCUGGUGCCCAACUGAAGAAUGCUAUUGGUGAUUGGUCAAGAUGGCUUUCAGAUUUAUUUAGCACCGAUGAUAGUAAUGCUCACGAAGUUAGCGAUGAAAAUGACAGACCCAAAUGUGAAUCAUCCUUCAAACCUUUCCAUCUCCUUAAUGCAUUAAGUGAUCUAAUGAUGCUUCCUUUGGAAAUGCUAGCAGACGGGUCUAUGAGAAAAGAGGUAUGCCCAAGAUUCGGUAUAUCAUUGAUAAAACGGCUUGUCAACAAUUUUGUUCCAGAUGAGUUCUCCCCAGGGCCCAUCCCAGAUGCUGUUCUUGAGGCCUUAAACAGCGAGGAUAUUCAGGAUGAUGAAGGAUCCAUCACAAGCUUCCCAUGCACUGCCGGUUCUACAUUCUAUGCGCCACCUCCAGCUUCUUCAGUUGUGGGCAUGCUACAAGAAGCAGGAACCCAUACUUCUUUACUAAGAAGAGGGUCAUUUGGACUCAAAAAAUUAUAUACCAGUGACGAUGAACUUGAUGAAUUAGAUUCACCCUUUUCUGCUCUUGGCAUUGAUGACUCUUCAUUUUCAUCUAAAGAAAAGUUUGCAGGAAUCAAGAGAGGCCGGAAGGUUGUUCGAUAUGAGUUUUUGCGAGAAGCAUGGAAAAGUACUGAAUGAUGAUAGCUUAUGUUUCUGUGACUUUUUUUUAUUCUGUAUAUUACAAUUUAGCCUAAUAUAGUCUGUAUUCUUUUUUCCCUUUUAAUAAUGA